AUGGGUCGUUUGAAGCAGAAGGGAAAAGCUGGCGCCGCAAAGGCCUAUGUUACCCGUUCUGCGGCCGUCAAGAAGCUGCAGUGCUCUCUAGCGGAUUUCCGGAGGUUGUGUAUCCUCAAGGGUAUAUUCCCUCGGGAGCCACGUAACAAGAAGAAGGCGAACAAGGGCUCAUCGGCACCGACGUCGUUCUACUAUGCGAAGGAUAUCGCUUACCUCGCACAUGAGCCCGUGCUGAAGAAGCUCAGGGAGCACAAGGCCUUUGCCAAGAAGCUUUCUCGUGCUCUCGGUAGGGGCGAAUGGAGCAGUGCGCAGAGCCUGGAGGAGAACAAGCCUGUCUAUCGUCUGGAUCACAUCAUUAAGGAGAGGUAUCCAACGUUCAUCGACGCCGUCAGAGACAUCGACGAUGCUUUGUGCAUGAUCUUUCUCUUCGCAUCCCUCCCCUCAAACGCUCGAGUUGCCCCGUCUCUGAUUGAGAACUGCUCUCGGCUUGCUUCCGAGUGGCAGCUCUACGUCAUGCACACUCGCGCUUUGCGGAAGGUGUUCUUGUCAAUCAAGGGUGUCUACUACCAAGCCGAAGUCAUGGACCAAACGGUGACCUGGCUCGUGCCAUAUCAAUUCACCCAGAGCAUACCUGUAGACGUCGAUGUCCGUGUCAUGCUCACCUUCCUGGAGCUUUAUCAGACUCUCGUAGGCUUCGUGUUCUUCAAGUUGUACACGGACGCUGGUCUCGUCUACCCACCUCCCCAGGACACCGACAAAGACGAGUCAGGAGCAGGUGUCGGAGCAUUCCGUCUACAGGAGUCCACAUCCCAGUCCUCUUCCGCCCCGAGAGCGAAGGAGGUAGAAGUCAAUGGCAAGCGUGUCUCAACAAAAGACGUCAGGCAGACGAUCAAGAGCAUUGCGGCUUCUGCGCAUGGCGAGGCCGAGGCCGACUUGCCUGCUGCGGACUCGACUGUAGCCGAAGAGGACGACGAAGAGUUCGUGCAACAUCCCUCCACGUCAAAUCCCGAUGAGACGACCUCGUUGCCGACGCUACGCAGUCUAGCCGCCAUUCCCCAGUCUACCACAUCAAAACUGUUCGCGCCGUACACAUUCUGGCUGUCACGCGAGUCAUCUCGCCCAAUAUUUGAGUUCAUCGUGCGCUCUUAUGGCGGUCGAAUCGGCUGGCCUGAGUCGUCAGGGAGUGGCUCUCCUAUCGACGAGACGGACGAGACGAUCACGCAUGUCAUCAUCGAUAGGCCUGUCGUAGAAAGGCCGGAUGAGACGGAAGAGGAGAAGGAGCGGCGACGGCGGAGAAAGUAUGUCCAGCCGCAAUGGGUUGUGGACUGUAUCAAUGCCGGGAGGAUUCUCCUAGAGGAGUCGUAUCUGCAGGGCAAGACGCUUCCUCCUCAUCUCAGUCCGUUCGGGGACUACGUCGGCGCGUACGAUCCCACUGCUGGCACCACAGGUGAGGACGCGGAGAUGGAGGAAGACGAGGAGGAUGUCGAGGAGGAUGCUGUGAUGGAAGGCGAGGAUGAUGAAACUGCCGAGACUGUACGACCCGAGACGGCAGCUCUGAAGGCGGCAGCAGAGGCAGAGGACGAGGCAGCGUUGCGCGCCGCAGAGCUCCAAGCGGAGGCCGCAGGCGUGGACUACGGCACCUUCGAGAAGGAGGCGAAGAAGGCGGCGAAGAAGGCGGCUAAGACGCCUGCGAAAGCAGAUGGCGAAGCCGAACAGGAGAUGAACAAGAUGAUGAUGAGCAACAAGCAGCGCAAGCUAUACGAACGUAUGAAGUACGGUGAGAAAAAGCGCUCGACAGAGAAACAAAAUCUGGAGCAGAAGAAGCGUGUCAUAGAAAAGGAGAAGCGCAAGCGAUCCAAACCAUAG